AUGCCUCCGGGACGUACCACCAGAAGACUUGUCUCGAACGAGAAUGACGAGAACAGCAAUUAUACGCGUAUGACGCGCGCUAAGGCCGCCGCACUCGAUGCCAAUGUUCUAUCGCAGCCCACCAAACAACAACCUCUUCAGUCCAAGAAGUCAGCGGUCAACGUCAACCCUGCUGGUCAACACAAACGCGCUGCACUGGGCGAUGUCACCAAUGCAGGCAAGACGGAGGUCGCAGAGGGCAAGAAGCCGCUUGCCACCAAGACUGGUCUCGUUUCCAAGGCUGCUCAACCCAGUGGUGUCCAGAAGAGCCUUGCUCGCACUACCUCGACUCGCGCAGCUCUGGCAAGCAAGGAAGUGAAGAAGACGGAACCGAAGCGCGCGGGUUCUGGCUCCGGUGCGAUUGGUGCUGCUUCUCAGAAGCGCAAGGUGGCUUCAGCCACGACGAUCAUCAAGGCAGAUGCCAUUGCAGAAGACGAGGAGCCGGUCCGCAAGAAGGUCCACACUCUGGAAAGCGAGAAUAUCGCGCCCUCUGGAUCCAAAUCAAAGUUGGCCAAGGUAGAAGAGGUUGUGGACAAGGUGCCGGACAAGGUGUCAGAGAAGGUGUCAGAGAAGGCGUCGCGUGUUGAGUCUGAGGUGGAGCAACCCAAGCCGCAUGUUUAUCCCGAGGGCGUCAAGAACUUGGACGACGAGGAUCUGGAUGACCCUUUGAUGGCCGCCGAGUACGCCACUGAGAUUUUUGAGUAUCUGCGUGACCUCGAGUGCAAAUCCAUCCCCAACCCUGACUACAUGAGCCAUCAAGACGACCUGGAGUGGAAGACCCGCGGCAUCCUCAUCGAUUGGCUGAUCGAGGUCCACACCCGAUUUCACCUGCUGCCCGAGACUCUGUUCUUGGCCAUCAACAUCAUUGACCGCUUUUUGUCGGAGAAGGUGGUUCAGCUUGACCGCCUGCAGCUUGUUGGCAUCACGGCUAUGUUCAUCGCGUCCAAGUACGAGGAGGUUCUCUCGCCUCAUGUCACCAACUUUGUCCACGUUGCGGAUGAUGGCUUUACGGAAGCUGAGAUUUUGAGUGCUGAGCGCUUCAUUCUCGGCACUCUGAACUACGACCUCAGUUACCCCAACCCUAUGAACUUCCUUCGCCGCAUUUCUAAGGCAGACAACUAUGACAUCCAGUCCCGAACGAUCGGCAAAUACUUAAUGGAGAUCAGCCUUCUUGACUACCGCUUCAUGGCCUACCGUCCUAGUCACGUCGCUGCUGCGGCUAUGUACCUCUCGCGACUGAUACUGGACCGCGGCGAAUGGGACGAGACUUUGAGCUACUAUGCCGGGUACGACGAGCAGGAGAUUGAGCCAGUUUUCGAGCUCAUGGUCGACUACCUCGCGCGUCCUGUCAUCCACGAAGCGUUCUACAAGAAGUAUGCCAGCAAGAAGUUCAUGAAGGCAUCUCUUUUGACACGACAAUGGGCCAAAAAGAAUGCUCCCCUCUUCGGCAUCACCGACACCAGCCUCUCCCUGGAUGAGAUCCCAUAA